AUGCGCAAGAACAUUCUUGGAUAUUCUGUGGUGAUAGAAGCGCUGUUUCAGGCUCGUCAAUUAGCUUUAGCUGAGAGGUUUGAGAAGAAAAAUGAAGCUCAUGAGUUUUAUAGCUGUUCUCUUUGUGGAGAGAAGUGCGAGUGCCCCAAAUCUCACCCUCAACAUCUCAAAUCACAAAAGCAGGUUUUUGAUCCAGUUGGCAUACGAAACUGCUUGUUUACUGAUAAAAAACGGGGGUUUUUUAUGGAAGAUUUUGGUUAUUUGGACAAUCUUGUAAGAUUUUUUACAUUUGUCGGCGUUCAGGUCUGGAGAGAUUACACAUGUUUGCGUUGUGGCAGAAAAUGCAACCAUUUCAAAAGUUGUAAGGCAGUGAAAAAUGAGAAGGUUGAUGAAAGGGAACACAUGCUUUACACAGUUGAUGUUAGUUAUGAGGAUGAAGGAAAAUUGGGAUACCUUUUUGACUAUACUAGAGGGGGUCGGAGACGGAGAAAUAUCGGAUUGGCGACGAUGCAAUCAAGACAAAGUUAUGUAAAGAUGCAUGCUCUCAGGGAGAUGAACCGUAAUGGGGUGGAAGCAAUGCGGGCUAAGAUUGGGACGAAGACGAACAACAACAUUCGAAAGCUCCCUAAGAAAAUUGGAUUCCAUCGCUGAAGAUGAAAUUUUAGACAGCAUGAGAUGAUUUAUUGCUUUUUUUUUUUAGUACUUGAAUUUGUUAUGUAUAUAGAAUCAUGAGAAUGUUCAUGAUUUGUUAGGUAUAAUAAUGCAUUCUGGCAACUCGAUUUUUAUGGUUUGUUGGG